UUCCGGGUCAAACUCUCGCUUGUGGGACUCGGUCUCCAUGGCAACAAGCCUUGAGGCGCAGAGGAUCGUAGGGAGCGCUGCGAACCCGCAGCAUCGGGGACACCAUGUCCGUGAUUGUGGCUCAGUCUCUCCACAUCUUUGGACUCCGCUCUCGAGUCGCAAACAAUGUUUGUUACUUUGAUGAACAGAUAAUAAUAUAUCCCUCGGGGAACAGCUGUGUGAAAUACCACCUAGAGCAGAAAUGGCAGAAAUUCAUCCAAGGAUCUGAGAAGAGUCAGGGGAUGUUAGCAUUGGCCAUGAGUCCAAAUCGACGCUACCUGGCCAUCUCUGAGAUAGUGCAAGAGAAACCCACUAUCACAAUUUAUGAAUUGUCAUCUGUCCCAUGUAAAAAGCGGAAAGUACUUAGUGUCUUUGACUUCCCUGUUCAGGAAUUUGUCAGCCUAGCCUUUUCUCCUGAUUCUAAGUAUCUGGUGGCCCAGACCGGACCACCUGAGUCAAACCUUGCCUAUUGGAUGUGGGAGAAGCAGAGAAUGAUGGCAAUUGUCAAAACCGACAUCCAGAACAACCCUGUCUAUCAGGUGAGCUUCAAUCCCCAGGAUAACACCCAGGUUUGUAUCACUGGAAAUGGCAUUUUUAAACUUUUCAGAUACACUGAGGGAACCUUGAAACAGACCAACUUUCAGAGGGGAGAGCCUCAAAACUACUUGUCCCAUGUCUGGCUCACCGAGGACAGGGUUAUGGUCGGCACUGACACAGGCAAACUCUUUCUCUUUGAGUCUGGAGAUCUGCGCUGGGAGACAAGUAUAGAAUGCAAAGAACCUCCCAGUGAAGUGGAAAAGGAUGAGCUGGCACAUGAAUCUGAGAGCCUCAUUGAAUUUCCUACUGCCAGUUCCCCUGAUCUCUCCAGUGAGAUGCUCUGUGAAGCUGUUGGCCAACAGCAGGCUUCCUUGCCUCAAAUCUCUGCCAUUGCUGCUUAUUCCAAAGGUUUUGCAUGCUCAGCUGGGCCAGGAGUUGUUCUACUGUUUGAGAAGACUGAAGAGAAGGAAGGUUACAGGGAGAACCGAGAAAUCCGGAUUCCCCAGGACCAGCGCAGCAGUGACCCAAAUCAGUCAGACAAGCAGGAUGUUAUGUGCAUGUGUUUUAGCCCCUCAGAGGAAACGCUACUCAUUAGCACAAGUAAAAAUCAGCUCUACAUCUUUACCAUGUCCUCAACUGAGAUAAUUAAGGGGGAACCAGCUCACUUUGAGUAUCUGAAUUUCCCAUUACAUUCUGCUGCCAUCACUGGACUGGACAUCUGUAUCCGUAAACCCCUCGUUGCUACCUGUUCCCUGGACAGAUCUGUACGCAUCUGGAACUAUGAAACCAACACUUUGGACUUGUAUAAGGAGUACCAGGAAGAAGCAUAUGCAGUUUCUCUUCAUCCCACUGGCCUUUACGUUUUGGUUGGGUUUUCUGACAAACUACGGCUUAUGAACCUGCUAAUUGAUGACAUCCGUACUUUUAAGGACUUCACUGUGAGAGGGUGCAGAGAGUGCACCUUCAGUAAUGGGGGUCAUCUUUUUGCUGCAGUUAAUGGAAACGUGAUUCAUAUUUACUCCACCACCAGCUUUGAGAAUGUUAAUAAUCUGAAAGGACACAAUGGGAAGGUGCGCUCAGUCAUAUGGAGUGCAGAUGACAAUAAGUUGAUUUCCUGUGGCACAGAUGGUGCAGUGUACGAGUGGAGCUUGUUGACGGGUAAGAGGGAGUCAGAGUGUGUGCUCAAGUCCUGCAGCUACAGCGGUGUUGCCAUCUCUCCUGAUGCCAAAAUCAUCUUUGCUGUUGGAUCUGACCAAACACUCAAGGAAAUUUCAGAUUCUUCGAUCCUGCGUGAAGUGCCUACUUUUGAUGUUACUUAUACUGCAAUAGUUGUGUCUCAUUCUGGGCGCAUGGUGUUCACAGGCACUUCAAUGGGGACCAUCCGAUCUAUGAAGUACCCACUGCCUGUGCACAAGGAGUUCAAUGAGUAUCAGGCCCAUGCUGGCCCUGUUACCAAGAUGUCCAUAACAUGUGAUGACCAAUUUCUGCUGACCGUCUCAGAGGAUGGCUGCCUGCUUAUCUGGAAAGUGUAUGAUAAGGAAGGACGGGGUCUGAAACGGGAGAAGGAAGUGGGAUAUGCUGAAGAGGUGCUGAUCACAAAAACCGAUAUGGAAGAGAAGACUCAAGUUAUGCUAGAACUGAAGACUCGUGUGGAGGAGCUGAAGAUGGAAAAUGAGUACCAGCUACGACUCAAGGACAUGAAUUAUAACGAGAAGAUGAAGGAAUUAACUGAAAAAUUCAUCCAAGAGAUGGAGUCCCUUAAAACCAAAAAUCAGGUGUUAAAGGCAGAGAAAGAAAAGCAGGAACUGCAGUACCAGGAGCAGCUGUCUGAGCUGAUGGAAAAACAGUCCAGGGAGGUGCAGGACCUAGAAUCUGGCAACAACCAGAAACUUUUGUUAGAGUAUGAAAAAUACCAGGAGCUGCAAGUGAAAUCCCAGCGGAUGCAGGAGGAGUACGAGAAGCAGCUACAUGAUAUGGAGGAGACCAAGAACCAGGCCCUGGAGGAGCUGACAGAAUAUUAUGAGGCGAAACUGCAUGAGAAAACCACCUUGCUGGAGGAGGGUGCCAUCUGGAACUGGGGUACCACUGAGCCCACCUGACCCACCAGCAUCGGUUCCCUUUACCCUGUACUGCUGUGACCAGCCUGC